GGCCAGUAAUCACGAGCGGGCGGAGUGGGCCGUGGCGCGGGUGCGGGGUGGGCUACGGCCUACGCACGGUGUCGCGCACGAGAGAGUGACGCCGCGCCGCAGCGGGAUGCGGGAUCGCGAGCGCGUGGCGCAAAAACCGACCGACGACGGACGGAGUCGACUCUCGCAACACCCACCGCGCAGACAGCGCGGCCUCUGGCCUCUGCCGCCAGUCGAGACGCCCCGAGCGCCGCCUCGCGCCCCCGCCUCACUUUUCCUUCUUGACCGAAUCGCCCAUGACGAGCUCGAAGUCGGCGAGGCGGUUCUCGAGCGAUUCCUUCUGCGCCACCACCUUGCCGUACUCUUUGCUCAGGUUCUCCGCCUGCCGCUGCAGCGCCUCGGCAGAGGCGGCCGCCUGCUGCGCCUCGCCGCGCAGCGACCCGAUCGUCGAGCGCAGCCGCGCGUUCUCCUCCUUGAGCUCGCCCACGCUCUCGCCGUCCCCCUCGCCGGCGGCGGCGGCCGCCGCCUUUGGAGACGUCAGCGCCUCCGCCGCGGCCGCCUUGGCGCGCGCCUCGAUCUCGUCCGCGUCGAGCCGGCCGGAGAGCACGCCCUUCGCAGUGGCGGGAGGCGACGAGCCGCUUGAGCGCCGUCGAGCUCGCCUUGAGCGUGUGCACCUCCUUGACGAGCAGGUAGAUGCGCCGCAGCACCAGCAGCAGUAGCGCCGUGAAGCCGGCCAGGUAAAAGUCCCGCUGACUGCGGAACAUCAUCACCUCGUGCAUCAGCUUCUGGCCGAUGUCGCC